AUGUCACGAGCGGGAACAUGGCUCAAAAUGAUGGGAGUUGGCGUCGUUAUUUGCGUCGGUGGCCCCGUACUCGUCGAGAAACUCCGCCCAACAGAUGAAGAGCUCUUCAAGCGCUACAACCCGGACUUGCAAAAGCGCAGUCUGGAGGAAGGCGACCGACGUUCGCGCGAAUUCGAGGAAUACGUCGGCCGGUUAAAGGAGUGGUCAAAAUCUGAUAAAUCGAUUUGGUUCGCGGCGCAGGAGAUGGAGGAGAAGCAGCGGGCUCAGAAAGAAACACAACUGAAUAAGGCCAAGGAGGAAGCUAGGAUACAGAAGGAAGAGAUGAGAAAAGAGCUGCUGGGCGAAAAAUAG